GGUAGGGAAGACUACCUGAAAUAUGAUGACUUCUUUAUGGCUACAGCCGUCCUCGCCGCCAAAAGAAGCAAAGACCCAAAUACACAGGUGGGGGCGUGUAUAGUGAACCAGGAGAAGAAGAUUGUUGGCAUUGGGCACAAUGAUAUGCCCAAUGGCAUUGAGGAAGGCGAGCUGCCAUGGGCCAGGGAUGAGACGGAUAAGACAAGGCUUGACGCUAAAUACCUUUAUGUGUGCCAUGCAGAGCUGAAUGCCAUUGUGAACAAGAACAGUGCUGAUGUGAAAGGUUGCACCAUGUAUGUGACUUUUUUCCCCUGCAACGAGUGUGCCAAGCUCAUCAUCCAGUCCGGGAUAAAAGAUGUGGUCUAUUUUUCUGAUGCGUAUGCAGACCGGAAUGAGUUUAAAGCUUCCAGAAAGAUGCUCGACCUGGCAGGUGUAGGAACUAGUGAGAAUGUUGCUGUGGUGGCAUGGUGA